GCCUUCACUUCUUAAGCAGUUUCCUUACAGUUUAUAUUCUCUCUCUCUCUUUCUCUCAGUGUUUUUAGUUCAACUUUUCUGGGGAAAUUACCUUUUCUUCUUCUUCUUGUCUUCGGUAUUAUUUUGUUCUAAUGGCUACAACAGAUGGAAAACCAGAAACUAAACAAGAAUCUAAACCAGAAACCAAACAAGAAUCUAAAGAAGUUGAGGAUAACCAAGCACCUCCUCUCAAGUAUAAGGCUUGGGUGUUGAAAGUCUCCAUUCAUUGUGAAGGCUGCAAAAGGAAAGUGGAAAGGACUCUAAGAAAAAUCGAGGGUGUUUACGAGGCUUAUGCUGAUUUGAAACAACAAAAAGCCACUGUAAAAGCCAACUUGCACGUAAAUGCUGAGACUCUGAUCAAGAAACUAGUGAAGAAAGGGAGACAUGCAGAGCUAUGGCCUGAAAAAGCUGAAUCAAAAGAGAAAAAACAGGGGAAACCCAAGAACAACGAUAAACAAGGUGGCCAAGCAAAUGGUGAAGAAGCUAAUAAUGGCAACCAUGGAGGUGAUAAACAGAAAGAGACCGUCAAAAAUGAAGUCAAGGUUCAACAAGAGGAUGGUGCUAAAAGCUCUGAAAACGGCGGUGGCUCUAGCAAGAAUAGUGAGGGUUGUAGUAACGUUAGCAAAGCCAAUGAUCAAGGUGGCGGUGGUGCAGCUUGUAAAAACGGUGUACAAGUUAAGGAGCCGAAGCCUGAGGUGAAGCAAAAUGUGAUCUCGGUAGCCGGUAAUCAGUCAUCGGUGGCUGAGAAGAAAGGUGGUGGUAGUGGUGCCGGCGGUAAUACUGAGGGUAACGGUAAUGGUAAUGCUGGUGAGAAAAGUGGCAAUGGCAGUGGGAGUAAAAAGAAUAAAAAGAAGGGGCAAAAAGCUAAUGCUGAUGAGGGUGGUGAGCAGCAUCCUGGUGAUGCAGUACCUGCAUCCAUUGGAUCACAUUUUAAAGUGCAUGGACCCCAUGGUCCAGUUCCCAUGCCAUCCCCAGCCAAUCAUAGCCCACCACGUCAGCACCCAAUGUACGAGUACCCAACGUAUUACCAUGCACCACCGGUGUACCUCACUAGCUACAACAUGGCGUAUCCAAGCAGUAGCUAUACUGCAUCCUAUUACACCUCACCACCACCGUAUUCGUAUGCAUACAUGCACCCGGGUCACACAGCCGAACGUCAAACGUCGGAUAUGGACAUGUACUCGUCCUAUCCAUCGUAUUCAUCACAUCAGUCCGAUUCCUUCGAGAUGUUCAGCGACGAAAACCCGAAUGCAUGUUCAAUCAUGUGAUGUAUUCUUCCGCAUUAUAAACGAAAAUACCAAGCUUAUACUACUCGUAUAAGUAUCUAUCUGGGGGGCAUAAUUUUGCGAUGUAUGUAGAUAUAGAAGGAAACCUUGCAGUUUAAGUUAGGGUAAAAAGGAAUAAGAGUGGGGAAAAAAUGGGGUUUUGCCUUUGUGAGAUGUUUUUUUAUGGCUUUCUUUUCAAGUAUUUGUUUUUUUUUUUAAAGUUUACAUUUAGCCUUGUAAUGCUUAGUUGUAUUGUAGGGCCUUUGCCCCAUUUCUCUUUAAAUGAUGUGCAAAAGUAGGUUUUGAAAUGGCA